GUGAAGCCAAUGAGAUAUAUCUAUACGUUUUUCCAUCUCUAAUGAAGAUUGACCGAACGAAUGUGUAUUCGGCAAAAUGAAUUUUCUAUUGGAUAUCACCGUGAUCUGUAAAUCUUUACAUACGUCCGUGUUUUCAGGAACAAAAUUGCGAUCCUCUUCCUGCUGAGAAAAUCCACCAAUUACACGUUCAAACCAUUCACGUGGCCAAUCACACAUCUCAUACAUUACUUCCCCGUUCGGGGAAGGUUUGGUCUGGUAUUACGUUAUCCGAAAAACAGCUCGGAGAGCAGUCAGUUCAAGUCUGCAACGCGCUGCUUACACAACUGUUUACAUAUAUUUCUUCGGCACCGUGUUCGCGCAAAAGUGAUAUAUAAGACAGCGGAGUAAUCCACAACGUGACCAUUAUUUCUAAUAUCGAGAACAGUCAUUUUGAUAAUAGAAAUAAGCAGACGAAAAUUCUAGAAGGAAGGAAGCGUGACACUUUGAAUUGGUUCAAUCCUCUAUCGCGAGAGAUAGGGAGACAAAAAAUUUAAGUUCGUUUUCGAAAAUUCGAAGAAGAUUUUUUUUCUCGCGAUAGUUUUACCGCGAUUGAAUUUCUUGACCGUUUACCCUUCAUCUGUUUUGUUUACGUUACCGAGGACGGUUGAAGAAACACAACACAUACGCACGCACGCACGCACACACACAGAAUAGAACGGUGCGAUAGAUAAGAGAGACUUUCGUGUAAGAACUGUGUGUUUCUCGGUCUGAAUAUAUUCAAGAGCGAGACAAAUAAUUUGCAAAAUGAGACUCAUCGCCGUCGAUCGUUUUAUCGGUUCGAACUGGUACCGACGCCCGCGUAAGCGUCCGCUGGUCGGACCGACUGGUUCCCCAUUCCUAGACAUUCUUGUUAUGCAGACCAGAGCUUGCCGUUGGUUUCGGAAAAACAAAUCCGUCAAUCCGCUAAAACGAGUGACCUUUCGAGAUGAAGCCAUUAUAUCGAUGUCGGUGGCCGGAGAGGUGACUGAUACUUCAAUAAUGGAAGUAGGCCGUUCUAGACCUCAAUUUCAGUAUUCUCGGGACGAAUUAAUGGAGAUGAAAAAAUCGGAAAUGUCUAACCGCAGACCCGCUUUUCUGGACAACGCUUACAACAACUCACGAGGUGUUUGGGAUCCUGAACGUUGGCAUUCGGACAGAAAGCGUAGCGACACCCCGCCGAAAGAGGAAAGGACUGGACGUAGUGAUCAAAUCACUGAGAAUCAUAACAAGCGACGUAGUAAUGGCGAUCCACGGGACCGAAUACGCAAAGAGCAAGACGGCAUAGUACUGAGUCCUCAGCGAAGAAGUUUUAAUUCGGGAUGUUUUGUUAAUGUGAAUCUAGCGCCAAGUCGACGUCCGGAAAGCCCAAUUGGAAAAACAGAGAUGAUUCUUCAGGUUAGUCAUCGUGAGCCUGUUCGUCGUAUCGGUAGCGGAAGAAUUCUUCCACGGGAAAUAUGGGACUUCAGAGCCGAAAACGAUAAAAUGGAACUUGAGCGUGCCGAUUACGGGUUCAGAUCGGGCACGACUGCUGGUGGUUCUCUGCGCGAUCGUGAUAAUAGGGAAAAUCGUGACGCGAAAGAACGAGACAUGCGAGAGAGGGAACGCGAUCGCGACAAUAUGCGCGAGCGGGACGAGAGGUUCGAGCGAAGAUCAUUCGGCCGGGAUUACGGGGAUCGCGGGGAGAGAGAACGCGAUCGUGGCGAUCGAGGAGCGGGAGGAGCAGCAGAACGGAACGAGCGGAACAAUCAUCAAACGGAUCGUGAAAAAGAUCGCGGACGCGAAAAGAGAUUCGGCAACGAUCGUCGGCGAACGUACAGCGACAAUCGCGAUUCGGAUGAGCCUGAAUGGUUCAGUUCCGGGCCUACAUCUCAACACGACACGAUCGAGUUGAAGGGUUUCGAUGAUCCUCUGGAGGAAAAGAAGAUGAGCGGCAGUAACGCCAAAAACAAGAAACAGACUGCCGCCCAGAAAAAACGGAACAAGAAAAACUCCGCCGAGAAGGAUGACAAACCGAAUGAGAACUCGACGGGUCCUAAGGGGCGCAGCACCCCGACCACCAUGGACCAGCCUAUAAAUGUUGUACCGGCACCGCACUCACCGAUAUCCGAACAGACCGAGCAGUCCUCGAUCGUUCCGAGCAAAGAGACUGACGCUAACGAAAGUAUCGUGACCGAACCGACCACGUCCGAAUCGGCAGAGAAUUCGAGUGCCAAUCAGAAUCAAGAGGACUCUCAUCCCGACUUCAAUUUGGAUGAAUUCCUGAAGUCCGACACGUUUUCUUGCGUUUCUGGAUUGCUGACGAACGGAGUUGGCUCCAAUAGCGGCACCGGUUCUCGAUUCAGCCAGUGGUUUAAGAGAGAAAGUCCGAUUCAACAACAAGUGGACAGUCGUAGACCUUCCAUACAAGAUGAGUUAUUGAACAAUUUGUUGAACGACAUUACCGAACCGAACAUUCAAAUACCAUCGGUAACUGAGUCGAACACCUAUUUCGCUCCAAUUUCUCCGGCCAACACCACAAACAAUACAAAUGCGACUACGAAUGGAGUUAAGUUACUUGAGAUGUUACAACGCAAGUCGAGUCAAAAUGGUCAGGGUGACGUAGCUAACCCGGUUAUUCCUGUGAUGAAAAAUUGCUCUAUUAAAGAUUUGGAAGUUAAUGGAAAAGUGCACAGUUUGGAAGAAUUAGAGGCACGUAUGCGGGGUGGUGCUCCUCCACCUACGACUUCGACUGAUACACCCCGUGUAGAUAAGACUGAUGAAGAUCUCUCUGCUUUUAAGAAACUGCUUGCUCAAGUGAGUGGAGGACAAGCUGUGCCUGCAGCUAACGGACCUAUUACUCAAAAACAACAGCAACAACAACAUGUAACAUUAAUGCAGCUUCUCAAUUCACAGCUGAAGACAACUCAGCAAACUCUAAUGCCGCAUCAACAACCGCCUGCGGAACCGAUUCAUACUACAACAUUCAAUCACGUUGGUCCCCUUGGUCCUACUCAGUAUCCUCAUCAGGCUCAAAUGCAACAUGAGAAUUUAAUGAAAGUUUUGCAAAUACAGCAACAGCAGCAGCAGCAGCAACAACAACAACAGCAGCAGCAGCAGCAACAACAGAAACAGCGACAUUCCGAUAUGCUGUCGGUGAUGAUGGGGAAUCAAAGAGUGUUAGGUGUAAGUCCGGUACCGACAGACAUGCAAAUCAUGUUAAAUAACAUCCCAUCGAGCCAAGAGCUCUUACAACGACCGGAAGCUCAAGCGAUCAUUCAGGGUCUGCAACAGGGAGAGAUCACCAGGCAGCAUCUAAUGCAACAGUUGCAGAAUCCUGCCAUGCAGCAUCGCCAUCGAGAGGUGCUGGUAAAUAUUUUGAAGACAUACGGCGGUACCACUUCACGUACUAUUAGUCCCCAUCCUCAUCCCACAGCACCUACUCCGCAGGACCACAUCUUGCAACAAAUGCUGUAUCAGCAGCAACAGAGGAUUCCUUCUCCGAUGAACAGCGCCUAUUGUCCGCCUCCGAUAAUAUCGCCAAAUUUAGCAGCUAGUCCUAGUACUUUAACAGUACAACAUCCAGUGAUAUCGCACAGAGUACCGUCGCCAAGAGAGCUCGCAAUGCACACUCAGACUAUAAUGCAAAAUGCUCUAAUCAAGAAGAAGUUGGAAGAACAGCGUGAGAACUUCCGUAAGCGGCAGGAUCAGCAGCAACAGCAGCAGCAAGUACAGCAACAAGUACAGCAGCAGCGCCCGUCGACUCCUGUGAAUUCACCAGCUAAGCAAACAGCGAGCCCCCUUGCUUUCACUCCGACCUCCGUUUUACGUAAAAUGACUGCUGAUAAAGAACCUGACGGAAGCAGCAAUGACCCAUCAAAAUUGUCCGCACAAACUCAGGCUUCUCAGAUGCAACAAAUGCAAUCUGCGGUUCAGUUACUUACACAGGGAACUCUCUCAAGACAUACUGCUGCAUUGCGACCGCAAUCUGUUCAGUCAACAUGGUCGAAUCCAUCGCUUAAACAGCAUCCAGGUCGACCUAUAGUAAAAGGUGGUAAUAGUAGCAACACGAGCAACAAUCAGUUUCAGUACAACGCCGGAAACACGGAAUUCCAACAACAUCAUAGGACAGUUUCAAAUGUAUAUGGCAAUCCGGCACGAUCCAAGCACACAAUGGCAACCUCGCUGUCACAUCACAACGUUCCGCAGUAUAAUGUGACGCAAAACACAAUUAUGAAUCAAAGGUCAAAUCCUAUAAACACACAGAUGAAGGCCCAGCAAGUUCCGUCGCAUCUUGCUGGCUUGCAACAACAACCGCCGCCGCAUGGAACUGUCAACAUGCAACAGCCACAACAACAACCGCCGCAAAGGACAGUAAACACGCCGAUGCAACUUGUCGUGAACCAAAAUUACAGUUCCAAUCGCACAGAUGGACGAUCAAUGCGAUCGCAGCAACUGAACAUGGUAGUUGGUCGUCAACCUUCGCCUGGUCUUGGAUUUGUUGGAAGUAACGGAGGUGAUCUAUCCCCGACAUCUAAUCAGCUCGCACGUUGGUUCAGUCCUGAACUCCUCGCUCAAGCUCGCGCGGGCAAGCUACCGGAGCUUGCGCAAACGAACGUCUUGUCGUUAGAAGAGCUGGAAAGACUUCAACACGCGUCGACCAUAGUGCAUAACUAAAGUGAUACUAUUCUUGAAUAAUGUCUAAAUUUUACGAACAAAAAAUUGCAUUGAUGACGUUACUACUGGUCGAGAGUAAAACCGGUAGUUUUUAUAACUCUCCCUUUACGUCCGAAGCACCUAUAUGAUGUCCCACGUACACUGAUGCUGAGAAUACAUAUGCUGCUAAAAUUCUAGAAUGGUGCUCGCCUACGUAUAGAUCUUUUUAUCGAAUCUUUGUAUCAUCAAGAGAUUUAUCUAAGUAACACUAGUCGAGAUUAAUCGGUUGGACAGUGCUUCUUUUUUGAUGGAUCUUUUUUCGUCGAAAAAAGUCAGUGACGUUUGUGAGAAACAGUUUUUCCAAGUUUUGCGGAGAACGUUAUUUAGAGACUAUAUAUAAAAAAAUGUACAGUAUAAUAUAUGACAUAAAAAACGAAGAGUUCUUUAAAAAACGAAGAAAAAGAAGAACACGAGUGAAUAGCUUUCUACAAAAAAAACGAUGUAUUGCUUAUAAGACUGAAAAACAAUGUGAAAAUCCUUAUUGUUGAUUAUGACAAGCUGUUAGAGCUUGAUGCGCGUACUUUCUAAAUGACAACAAUAACAUCUAUUUGCCUAAAGAUAGGACUGCAAGUUUCUUACGUAUUCGCAUUUUCUUAUCCCGUAAGACUAAUUAUUUUGACGGUCUAACUAAUUCACCACAGUAUGUUUUUUUUUUUUUUUUUUUAUUUAUUUAUUUGCGUUACUUGAUAAAACUAUAAGAAUUAUUUAUCUCGCGACUUAAGUAAUUUACCUUUCGUUGUAUUUACUCAGAAUAUAUUUACUUCAUCUUUUUCUCAUCUCUUACGUAUACAAACUUAAGAGAUAUCAUAAAACAAGAAAUAUAGUUGUGAUUGAGACUUCACAAUUAAUAAAUAUUGAGGCACCACGCCGCAUAAUUAUGUUCCUUUAAAUCCGGAACAAAACAAAAGAAUACUUCCACUCCUGUCUCAAUAGGCACGAAAAUAUUAUCCAUCUACUCUGUACAUGUGUACUUUGAGGUAAAAAAAAAAAAAAAAAAAAAAA